UUGCUUCUACUCUUUCUAUGUUUGAUGAACUAUGAAGGGGUUCGAGGCACAAAAAUCCUUAAUAAGCCUCCAAUUAAAACGAUUAAGACUGAAUAUGGUGAUGUAUAUGAUUGUGUGGAUUUUUACGAUCAACCUGGAUUUGAUCAUCCUUUAUUAAAGAAUCACAAUUACCAUCCCCAGAUGAAGCCCUCUUUGUUAACGAAAGGGAGUAUUCCAACUGCAUCGAGAAGUUCUACGUUGCAGCAAAUGGGAUUAUCUGACGAAGGUUGUCCUGUUGGAACAGUUCCGAUUAGAAGAUACACUAAAGAAGAUGUUAUUAGACAAAAGCUUUUACCGCCACCAGAAGGCAACGUUCGCGUUGUCGAUCCUCCACUUGCUAAUAGGGCCAACUUCAAUGAUUCCAAAUCAAGGAGGAUUAAACCUUUGAAAGGGUACAAGCUGGCUAUUGUUUCAACAGAGGACAAUCCAAAUAACAAGUUUGGUGGAGCUUCGAUGAUAGCUGCUAUAUAUAAUCCGCGUAGUACAGGUCAACAACAUAGUGCAUGUCGCUUGAAACUUAUUAAAGGAAAAAAUAUUAUACAAACGGGUUGGAGAGUUGAUCCUACUCUAUAUGGCGAUAACAGAACUAGAUUAUUCAUACAUUUCGAUGAUGGUACAAAUUCUUGUUUCGAUUUGUUAUGUCCUAGCUUUAUAAUUGUAAAUCAACAAAUCACUUUGGGUCAACCAUUUAAUCAGACUUCCAGCAUUAAUGGGAAACUCUAUGACAUGGCAUUUCAGAUAAAAUGGGAUCAAGAGAAAGGGAAUUGGUGGCUAUUGAUUGACAAUGUAGCAAUUGGUUUUUGGCCAAAAGAAGUUUUUGAUGAUUUUGAGAAUUUUGCAACAACAGUUGAAUGGGGUGGAGUUGUGUAUAGUCCAGCUGGGGUGCUUGAACCACCAAUGGGUUCAGGGCUUUACCCUCUUAUGAGAAGUACAGCAGUCAAUGCAUAUUGUAGAGUUAUUACACUCUUAAAUGACAAGGGUCAAAACAUUGAUCUAUUAGGUUCUAAGUUGCCAACAUUUUCAACAACUCCUAUGUUGUAUGUUGCUGUUGAUGUUCCUAAUUAUCCAGGUGUUGAUUAUAAUCAUACCAUCCUUUAUGGUGGACCUGGUGAAAUCUAAUUAUUAAUUCAAUAAUACAAUAUGUAACGUACGUGCA